AUGGCUAAGUCACAAUUGGAGGUGCUUAAUGCUCUUGACACUGCAAAAACACAAUGGUAUCAUUUCACUGCAAUCAUCAUUGCCGGAAUGGGGUUCUUUACCGAUGCAUAUGAUCUCUUCUGCAUUUCCCUUGUGACCAAAUUGCUUGGCCGCAUAUACUACCAUGUUGAUGGUGCAGCCAAGCCUGGAACGUUGCCUCCGAAUGUGUCUGCUGCUGUCAAUGGUGUUGCAUUAUGUGGAACCUUGUCAGGGCAAGUCUUUUUUGGCUGGCUCGGUGACAAAUUGGGUCGAAAGAAGGUGUAUGGCAUAACUCUGAUGCUCAUGAUCGUUUGCUCCAUUUGUUCAGGUCUCUCCUUUAGCCAUGACCCCAAAGCUGUGAUUUCAACCCUAUGCUUCUUCCGGUUCUGGCUAGGAUUUGGUAUUGGUGGUGACUACCCUCUUUCGGCCACCAUUAUGUCUGAAUAUGCCAACAAGAAGACUCGUGGUGGCUUCAUCGCCGCGGUCUUUGCCAUGCAAGGUUUCGGAAUUUUAGCAGGAGGCCUGUUCGCAAUGCUUACGGCUGCCAUAUUUGACGCCACGUUCAAGGCUCCAGCUUAUGAAGUUGACCCAAUUGGUUCCACUGUCCCACAAGCAGACUACCUAUGGAGAAUUGUUCUGAUAAUUGGUGCAUUUCCGGCUGCACUAACCUACUACUGGCGAUUGAAGAUGCCUGAAACUGCUCGCUACACAGCCCUCGUUGCCAACAAUGUUUCCCAGGCAGCAGCUGAUAUGUCAAAAGUUAUGCAGGUUGACAUUGAAUCUGAUCCGGCCAGGGCUCAACCCACCGUCACUUACGGUUUGUUCUCUAAGGAAUUCCUGGACCGCCAUGGACUUCACUUGUUCGGUACCACAAGCACAUGGUUCUUGCUUGACAUUGCAUUUUACAGUCAAAAUCUGUUCCAGAAGGACAUUUUCAGUGCCGUUGGAUGGAUUCCUCAUGCCGCCACUAUGAAUGCCAUUGCAGAGGUUUAUAAAAUUGCAAGGGCUCAAACUCUCAUUGCUCUGUGCAGUACUGUGCCUGGUUACUGGUUCACUGUGUUCUUCAUCGACAGAAUCGGAAGAUUCAAAAUCCAAAUGAUUGGAUUCUUCUUCAUGACAGUGUUCAUGUUUGCACUGGCAUUUCCAUACAAUUAUUGGACACAAAAGGAUAAUGUGAUCUGGUUCGUGAUACUGUAUGCACUGACUUUUUUCUUUGCCAAUUUCGGACCUAAUGCUACAACAUUUGUGGUACCGGCUGAGAUUUUCCCAGCUCGACUGAGGUCUACUUGCCAUGGCAUAUCCGCAGCACUUGGAAAGUUGGGGGCAAUAAUAGGUGCCUUUGGGUUUCUGUAUUUGGCUCAACCUCAGGACAAGAGUAAAGCAGAAGCAGGGUUCCCGGCCGGUAUAGGCGUCAAAAAUUCACUCAUUGUUUUGGGUGUGGUCAACUUCUUGGGUAUGCUAUGCACAUUCGCUGUUCCUGAAACGAAUGGGAAGUCUUUGGAGGAAAUGUCAGGUGAGGCUGAAGAAAGAAAUUAG